GCAGUGUACUGUGACAUUUCACCUGUUCCACGUGCAGGAAUUUUCUAUUUGUGAAUUUUGCAAUUUUUCUCUUCAAAAUACCAUUUAUUAGACUCAAAAAAUGUGUGACAAGAGUGAUGAGUUGUUCAGCAAGUUCCAGAGAAUGAAUGACAUUGCAAUGGACUUGGAGAAUGAAAUACGAUCAAUGAGCGAUGCAGGCACGUCAAAUGGUGUUGAUUGUGAGGAUGAAGAACUCACGAAGCUCGUGGUAGAGAAUCAGAGUCUCAAGCAUCGUCUGCAUAUACUCAAUAAGGCAAUAGCUGGGUACAAGACCACCGUGGGUGAAGUGAAGGUGAAUAGCCAAUUCUCGAUACUUAAUCACUUGACUGACAUCUUCAGGGACGCCCUGAGUCGUCUCUAUGAUGGAGAAUUUGUCGAUAAUGUUACCAUGGCGGCCACGAAUAAUGCCAAAUUUGGCGAUUAUCAAUUCAAUAGUGCCAUGACAAUUGCAAAAAUCUUCAAAGAUCGUGGAAUUGGGAAGAAUCCACGGGAGAUUGCGAUGGAAGUGAUGAAGGAACUGCGACAGAGUGAAAUUGUGGAAAAGUUUGAGGUGGCUGGAGCGGGAUUUAUAAAUAUCUUCCUAAAGAGGGAAUGCGUUGCGGGUCUGAUAAAGAGCAUCUUGGUGGAUGGUGUACAGGCACCAUGUAUGGCAAGAAAACGAGUUGUGGUGGAUUUUUCAUCGCCCAACGUCGCCAAGGAGAUGCACGUGGGUCAUCUGAGAUCAACGAUCAUCGGUGAUUCUAUAUGUCGCCUUCUUGAGUUCUUCAAUCACGAUGUUCUGCGAAUUAAUCAUAUUGGUGAUUGGGGAACACAAUUUGGUAUGCUCAUUGCACAUUUGCAAGACACAUUUCCGGAUUAUGCCAAGAAGUCAGCUUCAAUUAGUGAUCUUCAGGCAUUCUAUAAAGAGUCAAAGAAGAGAUUUGACACUGAAGAGGAUUUCAAGGCACGAGCGUAUGCGUGUGUUGUGAAACUUCAGGCUGGAGAUAAGGAGAUCAUUAAGGCGUGGCAGGAUAUUUGUGAUGUAUCCAGGAGGGACUUUCAAGUGAUCUAUGAUCGUUUGGGAGUGAAAAUAAUUGAACGCGGAGAAAGUUUUUACCAACAGAGGAUGGUUGCCAUUGUUGAGGAGUUGACAAAGGGGAAAUUCCUGGAGGAGGAUGACGGAAGGAAGAUCAUGUGGAGUUCAGAAAAUUCGGGUGAAAACAGAGGAAUCCCAUUGACUAUUGUGAAGUCUGACGGUGGAUAUACGUAUGAUACAUCGGAUAUGGCUGCUAUAAAGCAGAGAAUUGUGGAGGAAAAAGUCGACUGGUUGAUUUAUGUGACAGAUUCUGGUCAGGCAACACAUUUUCAAACCAUCUUUGCAUGUUCUGAGCGAACUGGUCUAAUUAACAAGGAGAUCCAUCGAGUGGAUCAUGUUGGUUUUGGCGUGGUGCUGGGUGAAGAUGGGAAGAAGUUCAAGACACGAUCUGGCGAUACCGUCAAGCUUACGGCAUUGCUGGAUGAGGGAUUGCAGAGAUCGUUGGCUAAGUUGAAAGAAAAAGGACGACAUGAGCAAUUAACGCCAGAAGAGUUGAAAAUUGCACAAGAAGCCGUUACUUAUGGAUGCAUUAAAUAUGCUGAUUUAUCGCACAAUCGUAUCAGUGACUAUGUAUUUUCAUUUGAUCAGAUGCUGGACGAUAAGGGGAACACAGCAGUUUAUCUUCUCUAUGCGUACACGCGAAUUAAGUCGAUAGCUAGAAAUUGUGCAGAACAUUUUAAAUUGUCCAAUGAUCUCGUUCAAGCCACAACUAUUGAUCUCGAUCACGAAAAAGAAUGGAAUUUGGCCAAAGUACUGUUUCGAUUUGGUGAUGUUCUGCUGAAGCUCUCAAAGGAUUUCCUGUUGAAUCAUCUCUGUGACUUUACCUAUGAGAUUGCCACGGCUUUUGCAGACUUCUACGACAAGUGCUACUGCAUUGAAAAGAAUAAAGCAGGAGAAAUCAUCAAGAUUAAUCACAGCCGUGUUCUUCUGGCCGAAGCAACAGCUCGUGUCCUCGAGAAAUGUUUCCACAUUCUUGGAAUUGGGCUUGUUGAGAAGAUGUAAAAGGUACUUGAAGCCUUUUUUGACAAUUAAUAAAGAAGUACUUGAAGUUGCAAAAA